AGUGAUUGGAAAUUAGUUUAUUUAUUGCAACGGCGUUAUUAAUUGGCUCAGCGUCAUACUAAAUCAGCUGUUCGUUCCAUUUGUACAGUACGCAUAAAAAUAUGGCAUUGUGCACAGCUGAUUUUGACACACGAAGCAAACAACGUAAAGGAACAUUAAUUUGCCGUGGUGUUGCACAAUUUUAUUAUUUUCCAAUUUGCGUUGGAUUUUACGAAAUGCGUCUAACUGAGGUAUUAUUCAAAAAGGUUAAAAGCAAACGUAUCAUGGUGCUGAUGGAGAGCGUGGUUAGUGGUCAUCAAUUUAAUAUGUUCCGCGACCGCUUGGCGGAUAAACUGGAGUUGCUACGUUUUGAUCCUUAUAUACAAAAGGAGUGCAUAUACCGCGAACGCAAAAGGAUCCGCAGCGCUUGAAGGCUUGCUUAACGUAUUAAAUGUAGAAAAAUAAUUCUAAGUGAAUGCUGUUUUUUUUUGUAGACUAAUAAAAGUAGCGCUGGUGAACUAGUGA